AUGACUAGAAAAAGCUUAACCUUGGAAGAGCAGCUUUCUCCAAUAAGGUUCCCAUCUUUGGAACUUUUCAACUCAGAAGGAAAGGAAAAUACUGUUGCUCUUCCCCCAGUUGAGGCGACGAUACUUGAUCUGGAGAACAACAACCACGCUAGAAUUUACCCACACGGACUUAAACCAAAGCAUGAAGCCAGAAGGAAUACAAUACAUCAGGCAAUUACUGAUAAAACUCCAGCAAAGAAGGCUCAGAGAUUUGCCUUAACUUCGCCUCGAUUGGUUAUCCCGACGCUUUUCCCUCCAGACACAGAAGAUAAUGUCACAGGAAGCCCAUUAUAUGGAAUAAGGAGUAAGAGGCUAAGCAGUGCAACGAAUUUCAGUAUUGAUAAAUACCUUAAUCGAUUGGGUAAGGGCAUAUCCGUGCACCAGAAUAUCGAGUCCGAUGGUGAUGAAUUUUCGCCAAUCAAAAAACAUCGAGGUCCUAUUCAGUCUUCUGAACAAGGCUUGGGAAAUAAUAUUGAAAUUAACAAGACCUCACUGUUAGGCUCAGAUAAGUUGAUUGCUUUGCAGGAGAUUGCCACCUCGCCGACAGCCAAAAGUUCAAAGAAUAGUUGUUCAAAUGAUGGACAAUCAGAGGAUAUCAAAACAAAGUCACAUAACCCCCCACAAGAUAUAGUCCGGAUUGACAAUGAAGAUCUGAGCAUUGUUCUAGGUGAAUCGCCUGAGUCCAAGCGAUUAUUUUCUAGGAGAUAUAUUAACAAGGUUCAAAACAAGUUUCGAGAUGAAGUGAAAAAACUUGAAAUCGAAAUUGCAUCCAAGAAUGAUCUUCUGAGUGAUCUCUUAAUUCGAGUCAGCGAGCAAGAGCGAAUUAAUUUGAAGUUGGAACAAGAUUUAAAUCUGCAGAGGCGUGAAGCUGUGAAUCUACAGUUUGAAAUAGACGCUUUGAAUGUCAAUUUAAGGGAAGUUGUCAUUGACUUAGCUCGCGCAAUUAAAAAAUUGAAGCGAAAGGAUUCUCUUUUAUACAUGGUAAAUGAAAAGCUUGAUCAUUCGAAAAAGCGAAUAGAAGAGAAUCACAUAAAUGCAAGCCAUCAGAUUGUUGAGAUGGAGGAAGCAGUCGAAAGGUUCAAGCGGGAACUUGCAUUAAAACAGACUUUACUCGAUGAAUUAAAAAUCGAACUCGGGGAUGCUCAAGAAGUGUUGGGUAUGGAUCUGUCAGGAAAUUACAGUAUUAAACAAAAGAUAAUUGAAUUGUGCAGUGAAAACGAUCAAAUUAAAUCAGAACUACAAAUGGUUUCAUCAAAGAAUAUUGAACUUUCUUCACUCGUCAGUGAGCUUGAAGAAGCAAAGCAGAAGAGCGAACUGGCCAGAGAAGAUUUGAAUGAUAAAUUCCUUGGCUUAAUGGAGGAAACCAAGAAGGUACAAGAAGAGAUGACUACUUUUGAGACAAUUCAUAAACGAUUGGAAAAUGACAUCUCAGAGAAAGAAUCCCAAAUUAAAGACUACUCUUUGGAGCUUGAGUCGGUACGGAACGAGAAAUCUGCGAUGGAAGAAUCCUUUAAAUCGUCAGAAGUUGCCAAACUUCUUGCUUUUCAAAAGGAGAAACAGGAUUUGCUACAGCAGAUAAAUACUUUGCAGAAGCAGAAUGAAGAAAAAGACCAGAUUAUUAGCGGUGACACCAAGAAGUUAUCGCAGUUAGUGGAAGAGCUUGGUAAGCAAAAACUGCUCCUAUCAACACUCACAACAUCGCCAGAACAGGCUUCUGCCCAAAACACCGAACUAUUACGUCAAAUUGCUAAUCUCAAACGUCAGAUUUCUCAUGCUCAACUGAAAACAGAGGAACGAAUACAAGAGGUUGCCGAGCAAUUGUUUCAUCAAUAUUCAAAAAAACACGAGCUCAAGGUAAACCAAUUGAAAGAGAAGUAUGAAGCGAAACUUCAGGAGAAAACCAAACAAAUUAAUUUGAGUGCUCGUCAGUUGGAGAGUUUGGAAAGCCGUCUUAAUAUGGGCGAGAAGGAGAAGAAUUACUUAUUGCAAUUGCUUGAGAAAACUAAUUCACCGAAAUAG